CCGGGAACUACCGACCUGUCAGCCUCUCCUCUGUGUCUGGGCAGGUCAUGGAGCAGAUCCUCCUAGAAGACAGAUCCUCCUGAGGCACAUGGAGGCCAGGGAGGUGACUCAGGACACCCAGCAGGGCUUCACUGGGGGAAAGUCCUGCCUGACCAACCUGGUGGCUUUCUGCAAUGGAGUGGCUGCAUCAGUGGAGAAGGGCAGAGCAGUGGAUGUCACCUGGGCUUCUGCAACUUCCUUCUCUGUUGGAAAGAUACAGAUUUGACACUGGGGGGACGCGGUGAACCCGCCGGCAGCGCCGGGGGCCGGCGCCCGAGGGUUGGUGGCAAAAACAAAAGGUCCUCUUGGUGCCCAGAGGCUCCUCAUGAGAACUGAGGCCAAAUGGACGCGAUCGGGGGCGCCAGCCUCAAGAGGAAGUUUGAGGAUGCAGACGUGGGCUCCCCCGGCUCCAACUCGGACGACGAGAUCUCCAACAGCGACAGCGCCGACAGCUGCGACAGCGUCAACCCCGCCAGCUCCACCGGCCUCAUCCCCACCUCCAUCCUGAAGCGGCAGAAGCAGCUUUGCAGGAAGAAUGUCCGCUUUGACCAAGUGACCGUCUACUACUUCGCCCGGCGUCAGGGCUUCACCAGUGUCCCCAGCCAGGGGGGCAGCUCCCUGGGCAUGGCCCAGCGCCACAACUCCGUCCGCCGCUACACGCUCUGCGAGUUUGCCCAGGAGCAGGAGGUGAACCACCGGGAGAUCCUGCGGGAGCACCUCAAGGAGGAGAAGCUCCACGCCAAGAAAAUGAAGCUGACCAAGAACGGGACGGUGGAGUCGGAGGAGGCGGAGGGGCUGACGCUGGAGGACGUGUCCGACGAUGACAUCGACGUGGAGAACGUGGAGGUGGAUGACUACUUCUUCCUGCAGCCCCUGCCCACCAAGCGCCGCCGCGCGCUGCUGCGGGCGUCCGGCGUUCACCGCAUCGACGCGGAGGAGAAGCAGGAGCUGCGGGCGAUCCGGCUCUCCCGGGAGGAGUGCGGCUGCGACUGCCGCCUCUACUGCGACCCGGAGGCCUGUGCCUGCAGCCAGGCAGGGAUCAAGUGCCAGGUGGAUCGCAUGUCCUUCCCCUGCGGCUGCUCCCGGGACGGUUGCGGUAACAUGGCCGGGCGGAUCGAGUUCAACCCCAUCCGCGUGCGGACUCACUACCUCCACACCAUCAUGAAGCUGGAGCUGGAGAACAAGCGUCAGGGUGGGCGGGCGCCGGAGGAGGAGGCGGCCGCCGCUGCCCCCCACGGCCCUGCUGGGGACUGGCUGGGCCCCCAGCCCCCCGAGACCCAGGACUUCCAGGAGUUCAUGGCGGAGAACGAGACGGCCGUCAUGCACCUGCAGACGGCGGAGGAGUUGGAGAGGCUGAAGGCCGAGGAAGACUCCAGCAGUGGCUCCAGUGUGGAGAGCUUGGGCGUUUGCAUCCUGGAGGAGCCCCUGGCCGUGCCAGAGGGUUUGUGCCCGGGUCUCGCCGCCCCCAUCCUCAUCCAAGCCCAGCUGCCUCCGGGCUCCUCCGUCCUCUGCUUCGCUGACGGGCCGGAGCCGGCGGCCUCGGUGGUGGGUGACCAGCCCUACUUGAACGAUGGGCCCAUGCUCUACUACCAGGUGGAGCCACGGCCAGUGCUGGGUGCCAAGGGCGAGAGCAGCCCAGCCGAGCUGCCGGUGCCAUCCUCAUCCUCAUCCUCCUGCCCAGGCGAGAAAGACCUCGGCGUCCUCCCCGGCCCCGCGGUGACUUGCGGCCGAGCCGCUGCUGCUUUGAGCAAGGGGGAACUAUCCAAAAACCCUCCCUCCUCCCCGGAGGCCUCUCCGUCCUCCGAGGGCUGCCGAGCAGCGGCCGCUCCCCCCUGCCCCCCCUCCCCACCCCACGAGCCACCAGAGCCAGCCCCAGAGCGGGCGCACGAGCCGCCCUCAGCCGAGGAGCGCCCACCAGGGCCCGUCCUGCCCAUCUGAGGAGCUCCCCCCAACCCCCUCUGCUCUCGUUUAUUUAUUGACAAUAAUAUUUUAUGGACCACCAGCAGCAACUGGUGGUUAUUCAGUUCCGGGGGGUGGGGGAGCAGGGGCUGCCUUGUACAGAGGAUUUUACCCGGCGUUGCUCACCUGGGGCCAGGAGCCUUCUGCUUGCCUGGCUGCCGUGGGUCACGUCCAGCAGCUUCUCCCAGGAGCCACUCGUGUAGCCCCCUCCCCAAAGCCCCCCGGCACCACCCGUUGGGACCGUUGUCACCAUUUGGCCGAUGCCAAACGUGCCACCCGUGCUCCGGGACACGUCAGACAUGGAGCCUCCUGCUUCCCAUGGCAGCUCCUUCCCGUCCUCCAUUCCCACCUGAAGACAUCUGCCCUCGUCGGCUUUUAAGGAAAAAAAAUACCUUUUUUUUCUCCCUUUUUUGGGUUAUUUUUCCCUGCAAUGACUGCUCACCAGGCCCUGGCACAGCCUGCGCCUCCAGGUGAUGCCUCCGGCCAGUGCAGCCAGCAUGAAGGGCCAGGAUGGAUCAGGAAGGACUCGGAGCCUGCUGGGAGGUUCUCCCUGCACAAGAGAACAAGGCUGCAGCUCCCACGCUGGCCUAGAAACUUGGGGCUGUUGGAUUUGAAGAGUUGGAGACCUUCACAGGCACAGCGUGGAGAUCCGUGUCCAUCCCCGUGCACCUUGGUGGCCUCCAGGAAGAGUCAAGGCAACCAGCUGCCACGUCCCCCAGACAGGCAGGAAAAGCACUUUCCACCCUCCAGAGACCCCCUGGCUCUCCCCCUGCUUUGCCUUCUGCCAAAACUGGCUCCUUUGAAGGUCCCUGCGCUGGGUCUUCAGGGACAUGACUGGGGUAGGGGGCUGGGAGGGGGGAUCCCCUUCCCUGUCCCCAGAGUCUUUGUCCUCUACCCUUGCUCCAGCUUGAUCCCGGCCAAGGGGAAGCAUCUCCCCUCUGUCCCCUUGGACUCUGGGGGAGAAAAAUCUGAUUCUUUUUAAGGAGAAAAUCAAGGAGGAGAGGGAGAUUGAAGAGCUCCCCGAGGGAGGGUUCAAUCCAAUGGAGAACAACCCCGGAGCUGCUUGCAGGGGAGACGUCCCAGCUGGGAAGCAGGGAAAAAAGAAGGAACAGAAGGAACCUGCAAGCUGACAAAGUGCUGUCAUUGCUCUGCAGAGCUUGUUGCUCAUCUUGUUCACCUGCUGGUCACCUCCCUCUGUCCAAAGGUGUUUCAGGGGGCUGAAGCCCCUUUGCUGCUCUCACCACCUCAUCGUGCGGUUCCAGCGGAGCCGUUAUCCAGGCAAAGCAGCUCUUCCCAGCCCCAAGUCCCUGGAGACCCUUUUCUGGGGCAGAGUGGAAGGGAAAGGGCUGCUUUCCAAACCUGGGGGGGUGGAGGGCUGACCCCCAUCCCAGCAGCAGCUCCCACUGCCCUCAGCCAGCACACAAGGGCUACACUGGGAGGAACAAGCCUUGCCCCACGUUGGGCGCCUCACGGGCCGUGUCCCUGACGCAGGGAACUGCCACCUGCUGGUGCCUGUUUGGCCGUGGGGCUUUUUCCACUCCCCCACGAAACAGAGCGACUCCGAGCUGCAAAACCCAAGCAAACAGUGAUACUUGAAUAGGUUACAAUAUUUAUUUCCCCCCACACACCCUUUUUUUUUGUCUUAAUUUUCAACGGCCUCAGCGCACCCUCCCUGGCUCCUUGGCCACUGCAGCCAGGGGAGGACCUGCUUGUGCCAGGGAACUCCUUGGGCAACUCCCUGGGUGAGCCCAGAGGCUCCAUCAGCUGCCAGAAUGAACCCUGAGCCGCGGGUGAGGAUGCUGCUCUCACCAUCAGCCAAGACCUCACAGGACUGGUUCUCGUCCCACAGAGCUGACGCUGCUGUUGAUGGUGCAAUCAAAGUCCAUUCCUGCCCUUUGUCCUCAUUCCUGUCCAGUUCCAACUCCCUCUCAGACACCAAUGCUGGUUCCUGCUCCAUUUCUUGCCGUGUACGAAGCCCAACAGCCCAUCACCUCCUCUCUGGUGCUACUGAGCUGCUGCAGGAGCUUGUGGCCCCUCUGCAGCUCCAGCGACCCCCCAGGUCCUCACCCUGGACUCUGCGACCCCCCCCCAGCCCCAUCUCACACGGUCUAAGGUGGCUUUUGAUUUUUAAUUUUCCAGUGUGAAUCCAAAGCUUGUCCUCCAAAUAUAUUUUUUCCUCCCCUGGACCUUUUUUUUUUUUUAGUUCCUUUACCUGGUGAUGACGCUGUAUUUAAAGAGAAUAUUUAAGUGUAAAAAUAAAAUAAAUGCUCAAACUUG